UUUUUAACACUCAUAAAGUUUUUAACCUUCAAGGGUGAUUAUUCUAUACAAUGGAGAAUGUCUGCAGUUGAAGAAUUGAAUUCGGGAGACACAUCUCCUCUCAAAGGUCCGGCACCCAAAGCACUUCCGGAAGACACUUCUGACGUAGAUAAAAACGAGGACAUUAUGCCAUUGACGAGCCCAGGAGAUCAACCCGUGCAAUUUGUCCCGGGUCAACCAUCCAAUGGGGAUGCCAAAGUUGAAAUUGGGGAUGCUGGUGGCCCUCCAGCCUUCGUGGGGUUGGGCAAAGAAGAGUUGAUGAAAUAUGCAAAUGAUCCAUUCUGGGUGCGACUCCGAUGGUUUUUGUUCAUUUUAUUUUGGGCUGUUUGGGUAGCCAUGCUGGUCGGAGCCAUUAUUAUCAUCGUCUUGGCCCCCAAAUGCGCAGAAAAGAAACACGGCACUGACUCCUUCUAUGAACUCAACUUGAAGAAUUUUGCAAAGGAUGGGAAACUUGCAGAUCUAGGAGAACGGGCAAGCUAUCUUUCUGAUUUGGGUGUGACCUCCGUCAUUAUUGCCGAUGUUCUUAAGAAGGAUGAGUUUGGUGGGAUCGUUGAUUUUAAAAACGUUGAUGACCAAGUUGGCACCAUUACUGAAUUUUCGGACGCUAUGAGAAAGCUGAAGAAUGCUGGUCUCAUGAUUCUCAUGACCCUUGUUCCCAACCAUUCCUCCACCAAACAUGAAUGGUUUGUCGAUCCUGAACAUCAGUUCCAUGACUAUUACGUACGAAAACCAGAGGGGGAAGUGUUUGGUUCAAGCUGGGUGGUUGUUGAUGCCAAGCCACAGCAAAGUGCUUGGGUGAAGGACCCCGCACACAACGACACACGCUAUCUUCAACUCUUCAAUGGCACGGCAGAUCUCAACUUCAGGAACGACAAAGUCAUAGAAGAAAUGACGGGCAUUUUUGCAUACUGGAAAGGAAAAGGCGUGGACGCUUUUGUUAUUCCAGCAGCAUCUUACCUCGUUGAAGACUUGAGCCAAUUAAAGGAACAGAGGGCCACGAUGAAUCAACCAGAAAAUAUUGAUGUCGUCAAGACCAUUUUGAAACGACAAACUAAUGAACCAUCCUCGUUCGUUGAAGUAAAAAGUCUGAGCCAGGAAGCUGCUGCAAAAUAUUUGGAGAAUGGUAUCGUCCCAUUAUCCAACGAGUUUGACAUUUCAACCAUUUUGGAUCAGUACGCAACUACAGCGAGCAAAAUGAGUUUCUUCCAACAAGUUCACAAGAGCAAUCAUCCCGUGAUCAGGCUCUCUGGUCCUGCUGGGCGACUACAAGGUCAAAACCAGGACGAAGCAAACAUUCUUCGACUUUUAACAUACACCAGUAAUGCCAGUGUCAUUCUACAUUUUGGAGAUGAAGUCGAUAACUUUGACCCCAAAUUGAACACUAUGGACUGGACGCAAGCUACUAACUCUGGGGGUACGUUCACCUUCCUCAAGAAAUUAGCUGGAAUUCAGCGUUCCUUGGUGGAUGAGGAGGGCAAAGAAGGGUUCACAUAUCCUUACAAGGGUGCAGAUGUCAAGGUAUUUGCCUUUGUGAGAAGUGAGAAGUACGUGGUCAUUGUCAACUUUGGCACGAGCGAAGCUGACGUGGACUUUGGAGAAUUGCUGUCAGAACCAGAGGCCAAAGCUGAGGUCAUCAUUGCGACCCCCAAUGCCGCUGAUUUGACCCCAAAAACGGUACUCACCAAAAAGGUGACUCUCCCAUGGCGGAGCGGGGUCCUUUUGGAAAAGAUAACAGAAGCAGCAGCAGCAUAAUUAGUUGUUGAUAACAAUAUUGACAUUAUAUGAUCAUAGAUUACUAUAGAUUAAAUGGAUUUAGAAAAUGGCUAUCUAGUAGCAAAUGAUUAGUAUAGCUAAAUUACAUAUUCAUCAUUUUCAACCAAUAGGAAAUUCAAACUCCUGGAGUUUAAACUCCAUUCUUUAAAAUAUCUGAAUUAUUAGAGAUUGUUUUCCUGAAAUUGCUAUUUUAUGUGCGUUAUGAUUCAUACAUUGGUCGUAAAUUGUCAUAAUUCCUCGAACGAAUUUCUGCUUUAACUUUAAUUUUAUCAUGUAGUAUGCGUUUCUUGAAAUUAAUAAAUUCAUCUGCUCUGAAAAUUAUAAAA